GACACCCUGCCUCGCCCCGGCCCCGGCCCCCUGCUGGGCUUGCAUGUGUCCGAGGGACUCUGGAGCCGCGUGGAGCAUCGUCCCCGUGGAAGUUCCAAGCCACUGAGUCACGGCGACACUGCCAGCGAUGAGCUCCCAAAGCCACCCAGAUGGACUCUCCGGACGAGACCAGCCCGUGGAGCUGCUGAGCCCUGCCCGUGCGAACCACGUGCCCAGCACCGUGGAGGUGCCCUCGACGCUGCCUUUGCAGGUGGCCCCCCCAGCGGUGCCCAUGGACCUGCGCCUGGACCAGCAGUUCCCGCUGCCUAUGGCGGAGCCUGCCCUCCGGGAGCAGCAGCUGCAGCAGGAGCUCCUGGCGCUCAAGCAGAAGCAGCAGCUGCAGAGGCAGCUCCUCAUUGCCGAGUUCCAGCGGCAGCACGAGCAGCUGUCGCGGCAGCACGAGGCCCAGCUGCACGAGCACAUCAAGCAGCAGCAAGAGUUGCUGGCCAUGAAGCACCAGCAGGAGCUGCUGGAGCACCAGCGGAAGCUGGAGAGGCACCGCCAGGAGCAGGAGCUGGAGCAGCGGCACCGGGAGCAGAAGCUGCAGCAGCUCAAGAACAAGGAGAAAGGCAAAGAGAGCGCCGUGGCCAGCACGGAAGUGAAGAUGAAGCUGCAAGAGUUUGUCCUCAACAAAAAGAAGGCGCUGGCCCACCGGAGCCUGAACCACUGCCUCUCCAGUGACCCUCGCUACUGGUACGGGAAAACACAGCACAGCUCCCUGGACCAGAGCUCCCCGCCCCAGGGCGGGGCGGCGGCGGCCUGCAGCCACCCAAUGCUGGGCCUGUACGACGCCAAAGACGACUUCCCGCUCAGAAAAACAGCUUCGGAGCCCAACCUGAAGUUACGGUCCCGGCUGAAGCAGAAAGUGGCCGAGCGGCGAAGCAGCCCCCUCUUGCGCAGGAAGGAUGGGCCUGUGGUCACUGCACUCAAGAAGCGUCCCUUGGAUGUCACAGACUCGGCCUGUAGCAGUGCCCCGGGCUCCGCGCCCAGCUCGCCCAACAACAGUUCCGGGAGCAUCAGCACGGAGAACGGGAUCCCGCCCGCCGCUGUCCCCAGCCUCCCGGCCGAGACCAGCUUGGCACACAGACUGGUGGCCCGAGAAGGCUCCGUGGCCCCACUGCCCCUGUACACGUCGCCAUCCCUGCCCAACAUCACACUGGGACUUCCUGCCACGGGCCCUUCUGCUGGGGCGGCAGGCCAGCAGGACGCCGAGAGGCUGGCCCUCCCGGCCCUGCAGCAGCGACUGGCCCUCUUCCCCGGCACCCGCCUCACGCCCUACCUGAGCUCGGCACCCCUGGAGCGCGACGGCGGGGCGGCGCACAGCCCUCUCCUGCAGCACAUGGUCUUCCUGGAGCAGCCGCCCGCGCAGACCCCCCUCGUCACAGACUGGUAUCUUUCAGGCCUGGGCGCGCUGCCCCUGCACGCACAGUCUCUGGUCAGUACAGACCGGGUGUCCCCCUCCGUGCACAAGCUGCGGCAGCACCGCCCGCUGGGGCGCACGCAGUCGGCGCCGCUGCCCCAGAGCGCGCAGGCCCUGCAGCACCUGGUCAUCCAGCAGCAGCACCAGCAGUUCCUGGAGAAACACAAGCAGCAGUUCCAGCAGCAGCAGCUGCACAUGAACAAGAUUAUCCCCAAGGCCAGCGAGCCGGCCCGGCAGCCCGAGAGCCACCCGGAGGAGACAGAGGAGGAGCUCCGGGAGCACCAGGCCCUCCUGGAGGCGUCCCGCCCAGACCGGCUCUCCGGGCAGAGGGAGGCGCAGGAGCCGGCUGGGGUGCAGGUGAAGCAGGAGCCCGUGGAGAGUGAGGACGAGGAGGCGGAGCCUGCGCGGGCAGCGGAGUCCGGCCAGCACCCGCCCACGGAGCAGGAGCUGCUCUUCAGACAGCAAGCCCUCCUGCUGGAGCAGCAGCGCAUCCACCAGCUGAGGAACUACCAGGCCUCCAUGGAGGCCGCCGGCAUCCCCGUGUCCUUCGGCAGCCACCGGCCUCUGUCCCGGGCACAGUCCUCCCCAGCAUCGGCCACGUUCCCCAUGUCCGUGCAGGAGCCCCCCAGCAAACCGAGGUUCACCACAGGCCUGGUGUACGACACGCUGAUGCUGAAGCACCAGUGCAUCUGCGGGAACAGCAACAGCCACCCCGAGCACGCCGGCAGGAUCCAGAGCAUCUGGUCCCGGCUGCAGGAGACGGGCCUCCGAGGCAAAUGCGAGAGCAUCCGAGGACGGAAGGCCACCCUGGAGGAGCUGCAGACCGUGCACUCGGAGGCGCACGCCCUGCUCUAUGGCACCAACCCCCUCAACAGGCAGAAACUGGACAGUAAGAAGCGUCUAGGCUCGCUGACGUCCAUGUUCGUCAGGCUGCCCUGUGGUGGUGUUGGGGUGGACAGUGACACCAUCUGGAACGAGGUGCACUCGUCGGGGGCGGCCCGCCUGGCCGUGGGCUGCGUGGUGGAGCUGGUCUUCAAGGUGGCCACGGGGGAGCUGAAGAACGGCUUUGCGGUGGUCCGCCCUCCGGGACACCACGCGGAGGAGAGCACGCCGAUGGGCUUCUGCUACUUCAACUCCGUGGCCAUCGCAGCCAAGCUUCUGCAGCAGAGGCUGAACGUGAGCAAGACGCUCAUCGUGGACUGGGACGUGCACCAUGGCAACGGGACGCAGCAGGCCUUCUACAGUGACCCCGGGGUCCUCUACGUCUCCCUGCACCGCUACGACGACGGCAACUUCUUCCCGGGCAGCGGGGCGCCCGACGAGGUGGGCGCAGGGCCGGGCGUGGGCUUCAACGUCAACAUGGCCUUCACUGGCGGCUUGGACCCCCCCAUGGGAGACGCGGAGUACUUGGCCGCCUUCAGAAUGGUGGUCAUGCCGAUCGCAAAUGAGUUUGCCCCUGACAUGGUGCUGGUGUCGUCCGGCUUCGACGCCGUGGAGGGCCACCCCACGCCUCUGGGCGGCUACAACCUCUCUGCCAAAUGUUUCGGGUACCUGACGAAGCAGCUGAUGGGUUUGGCUGGCGGCCGGAUCGUUCUGGCCCUGGAGGGGGGCCACGACCUCACAGCCAUCUGUGACGCCUCGGAAGCGUGUGUCUCUGCUCUGCUGGGAGACGAGCUCCAGCCUCUCCCGGAAGAGGUGUUACAGCGGAGACCCAAUGCCAAUGCCGUCCGCUCCAUGGAGAAGGUCGUGGAGAUCCACAGCCAGUACUGGCGCUCCCUGCAGCGCCUGCCCUCCCCCGCGGCCUACUCCCUGAUCGAGGCCCAGAAGUGUGAGAACGAAGAAGCCGAGACCGUCACCGCCAUGGCCUCCCUAUCUGUGGGUGUGAAGCCCGCCGAGAGGAGGCCCGAUGAGGAGCCCAUGGAAGAGGAGCCGCCCCUGUAGCCUCGCCUGCGGCUGGGACCCUCUCAUUUGUCCGUCCGUCUCAAAGUUCCGCCAAGAAAAGUUCCUGUUUCUCUGUGUCCUGCCAGGGCCUCUCUCUGAGUCGGCAGGAGCACGGGGCCUGACCCCGGGUCUCACCGGGUGGGGCAGCCUCACACGGAAACCUGGGGCAGACGCCAGGAUGCGCGGACACACCGACACACAGGGUGCCAGGCACUCUCUGAGCUCCCACAAGGGAAGCCACGGAGGGAGGAAGCCUGUGGCAGCUCGUGCAGAGUCGCCCAAUUUAGUUGACACGAGGAAAAGAAAGUGAAAAUCAAAGAUCUCACAAUACAAAACAAACUUGAUUAAAAACUGGUGCUUAAAGUUUGAUGACUACCCACAAUUCCACAGUCUCCGUUGUAAACCACUCAUCUUGUAGCUUACUUUUUUAAGGAGGACGUUUUCUACAGCUCUGGCCUGCCUCUGAACCAGAGCGGCGUGCGGUGAGGGUUUGCAGCCGGGGAGGCGGGAGGGGCCGAGUGGAUGAACAUUUAAGGAAAAACUGGACAAAAAGUGGAAAUGUGAGCUGCAGGAGCCGGCUUUGUCUUCUUGAAGCCGUUGGGAGAUGCGAGUUUGUGCCUUUUUUUUAUUGCGCUGAUGGAUUUUUGUGGCUGGGUUUUCUGAAGUCUGAGGAACAAUGCCUUAAGAAAAAAAUAAACAGCAGGAAUGGGUGGGAAGGUGGCCUGUGGGUGGUGGGGCUGGCAGUGCCCGCGGGCAGGAGGCCGCGGAGCUGGCCGGGGCUCUGAGCAGGCACAGGCCUCAGCCAGCAGCUCCUGGGGGGCCGAGAGCCUGCCGCCCUCAUUCUGCUUUAUUGCUGUGUAAGAAAAAUGGAGGUAGUUCCCAAAAAGUGGCAAAUACUGUUGGGGGGGGUUUGAAGUCCAACAAAUUUUAAACAAAUCCAAAGUGUUCUUUUCUCACACAUCACACACCAGUUGAGCAUCUCUGUCUGGUUUGAAGCAUGUCCUAGGUACACUCAGUGUUACGGUCGGAAUGCUUUUAUUAAAAGCAAGUAGCAUGAAGUAUUGCUUAAAUUUUAGGUAUAAAUAAAUAUAUAUGUAUAAUAUAUAUUCCAAUGUAUUCCAAGCUAAGAAACUUGAUUCUUACAAAAUCUUGAUAAAAUAUUUAUAAUGCAUUUAUAGAAAAGGUAUAUAUAUAUAUAAAAUAAAUGCAGAUUGUCAAGGUCCCUGGCGAAUGGAUGACUUGUGAAUUAGCUUUCAAGGUGCUCAUGGAAAGGGAUCUAUGGGAAACACGUGUUUCUGGAGCCCAGAUUGGGUCGGUUUCAGAUCGCCAACGCAUUCGCCACUGGCAACUACCGCAAGUUUGUGCUUUCAUUUUAAUUGUUUUCUAACAAUCCCUCCUGCUCCACGCCUCCACGCACAUAUGUGGUGAGUUUUUAUAGCGAAGAAUAUGAAUUUGCUGUUGAUUUUUUUAUGAAUUUUUCACAAAAAGAUCCUGAAUAAGCAUUGUUUUCUGAAUUUCACUUUUUUUCUCACCAUUUAGCAGUUUUCUGAAUGGUAAUAAUGUCUAAAACGUUUUCCUUUCUAAAUUCUUGCUUGUACAUUUUUUAACUUUCAGAGGUGUUUUUUAUUGUGUUCCUUUUUGUUUAUUUGUACAGUGAGCAGUUUUCUGUGUGUACAGACUGUUGCCAUCAGAGUUCAUUUUCAGAAAGAGCAUUGUGAGCAGCGGCUCUGGGGCCGGCUCGCAGGGAUGUGUCCCUCCUGUGCCGGCUGACGGGCUGAACCCAGACUCCAGGGCUUCCUCCCACCCCGCCGGCACUGCUGUGGGGAUGGAGAGGGUCCCUCGUGACACUGAGCUGGGUGGCUUGCCAGACACCACGGGCCAUCAGUGUUCAGGAAACUUGUGUUAAAACUUCUCUGACCAUGUCUUCAGACUAGGAUUUUAGCUUCAGUUUUCCAAAGACCUUUAAGCAUGUCAGCAAUGCAUGGCCCGGCACCAUUCCGGGUUUUUCCGCUGCAGCCGCACAGCCAGGGCCCUUGCUGCCUGGCGAGCCUGCAGGGACACCAGGUUCCCUAACAGAAUAGCCAGCCUUUGCUCUUUUUCUCUUUGACAGAAACUGAACAUCACUUUUUACUGGUAACUUAUUUUUCAGCACUUGAAGCCACCUACUUCAUUCCAAAGUGUGUACCGAGUUCAGACUUGUGGGAGGAAGUUUCGACACAGCGUGCCCACCCGAGGGAACCCCAAGCCAAGUUUCUGAGUUUGGUGGCAUUUACAGGGUAGUUUCUGAGAGAGCCACUGACACAGUUGGGUAGUGACCAAAUGAAUCCAAAUUCUUGGAUCAGCUUGGUCGUCAAGAGUGCUGCUGUUCGGGUCCAGGACAGUGGUUCGAGGGAAGGACAGGGUGUUUGACUUUCUCCUCCCUCCUGGCCACUCUUUGCUCUGAGGCCCCUAAUGGCAGGAGGAGUGCUCCUGUGGGAGCAAUGCCACCUGUCCCCAGUGUGGUGCCACGUGUGGCAGGGACCCCCUGCUGCCUGCCUGCUUCUGUCAGCCGUGGAUCUUGGGAAGGAGCGCAUCAUCUGCCAUUUUUACAGAUGAUGGGCGGCAUGGGCCUCCUGGUGGCUACCUUCUCACUGGGGGGAUUGACUUUUGCUCCCACAGGACACCCUGCAGACAGGCCUUUGUAGCUCACUCCAGCUUCACAGACAUGCAGGAAGCAUUGCCGUGUAGCCUUUCUUUUCUGUGAAGACACUCGGCCCCUCUCCAGGCCACCCGUCCAGGGCAGACGGCAGGGGGCCUGCCCAGUGUGGGCCGGACCCUGCGUCAGGGAGGACCCCUCACACCUCCCUCUUUGGUCCUUGGACCUUAGCCUUUUCUUCCCUUUUGCAAAGGCCUUGGGGCACAGGCCGGGGGUCGGCAAGUGAGCACUUUAUCUCCUUUCACGGGGAACCCCGUGACGCCGCGGGGUUUGCGGUGUCAGCCUGGCCCUUCUGGCUUUCCCGCCAAAUUCGGCUGAGCCCCACCAGCAGGCGGCCGUUCGGGAUUGCGCCCGCCUUCCAAAGGGCCACUUUGUCAACAUGUUUCAGUUUUUCUUUUCUUUCUCUUAAAAAUCUGUUUCCAGAGGAAGGACCGUUUUGUGGCGGUCUGAUGUGCAGUGAGUCUGGGUUGGAGCACCAGCCUUAGACUUGGUGGUUUUCUAUUUUCCAUCAGAACAUUCCUUCUUUCCUGGUCACAGCCGCGUGCUCAUUCCAUUCUUUUUGUAGACUUUUGGGCCCACAUGUUUUAUGGGCAUUGAUACAUAUAUAAAUACACAUAUAAAUAUAUAUGACUCUAUUUUUUUACGUUUCCUACACCCGGAGGUUGCAUGACUGUACGGCCUGCAUGUCUUUCUAUUGUAUACAGAUUUGCACGCCGAACUCGGCAGCUUGGGGGAGGAGAAAAUGCCUUUGCAGUCCCCUCGUGACAUUUGCUGAUUCAAGAGAUGGAGAUUUUUCUGUAACACAGACCCUUGAAGGAGAGGGGGGAACGUUUGCAUCUUAAUGAACUUAUUCUUAAGAAAUUGUACUUUUUCUUGUAAGAAAAAUAAAAAGGACUACUUAAACAUUUGUCAUAUUAAGAAAAAAAGUUUAUCUAACACUUGUGACAUACCAACAAUAGAGUUUAUUGUAUUUAUGUGGAAACAGUGUUUUAGGGGAACUGAGCAGAAUUCAAGUGAACUGCCUGUCUCUUCAUUUGAUUUGGAGGAAUUUUAUUUUGCUUUGUUUUCUUUUUUUUCCUUUUUAUCUUUUGCGCUGGCGGGUGAGGUGAGGCGGCCUGUGUGGCCCUGAGGACCAGCUAGCUAUUCAGGUGGAGACGCGGUGGGCCCUGAGGAGCCCCUUCCCUCACAGCUGCAUUGACUUUUUAUUCUUUUUAGAUGAUGUAUGGCUACGAUUUCACUUUACACUAAGCCGUUGUGAACUGUGCGAGCACUGUGGUUUCAGAACCUACACUGCAUCGAAAGCAACCCAUUUCGUCCUAUAACGAAGCAGGGCUUGUUGCUAGUUCAGCUCACUUUAUCUCUGACGUGAUUAAAAGUCUCCUAUGGAAAGAAAAGAAAGUGACAGUUUCUGUCGGUUUCGGGGAGGGCAUGUACUCCAUGGUGGAGGCUCUGGUGUCCAGUGUAUGAGAAUGACACAGAAUAUACAUGUAAUGGGGUUUGACCCUCUUCACCUGAGCUUACAACAGGUGAUGUGAAAUCCAAGCUGUGACGACAUCACGUCCUUCCUGAUGCCUGUUCCUACUUGGGAUGGGUUCCCACUGGUAGCAGCCACCUGUUUCUUCUGUAAUUUAAAUCAGUUGUCCGAUUGUCUGGAACUUCCAGUGGGUCUUUCUUUUGCUCAGUGGGGUUGGAGGUUUGUUCUUGGUUUUCUUGUUUUGUUUUGUUGGGUGGAUCUGCACCGGCUGACGGUGUCCUCUGAUGGCCAACCCCACUUCCACUGCACCUGGAGUCCAGUAUUUUGUACCUCGUACAACUUGUUACUCUUGUGGUGUCAAUAAAGACAGCGUUCAUUGCCCUCUCA